ACCAGUAGUAUUCGGCCGGUCAACGAUACACCGAUGAUCUGACGCAAACGAUAUCCCCCUCCCUCCCGGACGAUACGCACGCACGCACCAGACGACGACGAACCGGCACACACGUAAACGCACCGCACGCGCGCACGCACAUCGCCGUACAGCCGCGCGCAGUGCACACGUACGACGCCGCCGCCGCCGCUGCUGCCGCCGCAUUCGCACCGCUCGACCGUGUACGGAACACGCGCGCGCGUUCGCCCCGUUGUACCCGUGCGCCGACUAACCCGGUAACGUGUGAACACCGCGUCCGUUCUAAGUGCGUCUCCGGUUCGAUCGCGCCGCACGUCGUCGUCGUCGGUUUCGGUACGUUCCGCGCAACAAACGACAAACGCCGCCGCCAAGCGUAACGGUUCGCGGCCCCGGUGUUCGCGCGUGGCAUGUGAGAUACACACCGCGAUGGCACUGGGCAUAUCUUCGACGCCCACCGACUCGUCGUCGGGACGGGGUUCGCCGGUCAGCCCGGUCAGCAGCCCGGUCACGCCGCUGGCCACGCGGCUCGCGCCCAUGCCGCCCAUGGUGCCCAACCCGAUGUUCGGUCUGCCCAUGCUCAACUUCAGCGUGUCCCAGGUGGCCAGCGUGUGCGAGACGCUCGAGGACAGCGGCGACAUCGAGCGACUCGCCCGGUUCCUGUGGUCGUUGCCCGUCGCCCAUCCGAACAUCGUCGAGCUGAACAAGAACGAGGCCGUGCUCCGGGCCCGCGCCAUCGUGUCCUUCCACAGCGGCAACUACCGUGACAUGUACACCAUACUCGAGCACCAUAAGUUCACCAAGGACUCGCACGGCAAGCUGCAGGCCAUGUGGCUGGAGGCGCACUACCAGGAGGCCGAGAAGCUGCGCGGCCGGCCGUUGGGCCCCGUCGACAAGUACCGCGUUCGCAAGAAGUUCCCGCUGCCCCGGACCAUAUGGGACGGCGAGCAGAAGACCCAUUGCUUCAAGGAGCGCACGCGCAGCCUGCUCCGCGAGUGGUACCUCCAGGACCCGUACCCGAACCCCACCAAGAAGAAGGAACUGGCCCAGGCCACCGGGCUGACACCCACCCAGGUGGGCAACUGGUUCAAGAACCGCAGGCAACGCGACCGGGCGGCCGCGGCCAAGAACAGGAUGCAACAGCAGCAGUUCGCCGCCCAGUUGGCGCAUUCGGGCGGCCGGCACCUGAACCUGCGGCGGUCCAUGUCGCCGGGCGCGGCCAGCACCACCGGUUCCGAGUCCAGCAUCAGCCUGGGCGCGCCGUCCCCGGGUCCGCCGUCGUCGUUGCUGCUGCCGCCGCCGCACCAGUCGCACCAGUCGCUGCCGCCGCCGCCACCGCCGCCGCCGCUGCUCACCAUCGACCCGCCGCGCAUCGGUCUCACCAACCCGUCGCCGUGCACGUUGCCGCAACCGUUGGCGCUGCACAGGCCGUUCACGUGAUACGGUCCGCCUCGCCCGCCGAUCACCGCCGGCCGGUGAUGCGCCGCCGCCACCGUCGUCGUCCGGUGCGAUCACGGAAACGUUUCACGACGCUCGUCGUCGGUGCACACGCUGUUUUGUUGUCUUCGUUCUCCCGGCCCCGCCGUACGACGUUCGUUCUCGAUUCCAUUCCCCCCCCCCCAUCAUCCCCUGCCCGCCGGGGAGAACAAGUGUUUUAUUAUUAUUAUUAUUAUUAUUAUUAUUAUUACUGAUGCUACCCUAUUGUUUGCUGUUCUUACGAUCACACACGUAAAGUGCGACGAUAUUAUUAUUAUUAUUAUUAUUAUUAUUAUUAUCGCGUCGGUGUGCCGAUGUAGAGAUUUCGCCGGAACGCGACCGAAAACUGAAAACGCAUCCCCCGUCCGUCAUAUUUGUCAACGUCCGCGUUUGUGCACCGCGAACGGGUAGAACUUUUAAAAAAAAAACAUAAUACAAUUCAUAGUACACGAUUCCACCACGACGCGAAAUAUACGAUAAAAUACGAAAUAUACCUUUCGGAUUUCUUCGCAAUGUAAAUUAUGCACAUUAUAAAUACAAAUCCAAUACCAAUACCAAUCAGACGGAUUCGGAAUUAUUGUCCCGCGUAAACAUUUUCGAAUUUCCACGUUUCACACCUCGUACAAUUUCAACCACAGUUUGAUACGCAAACAAUCGCAGCGCAACAAUCCUACAUGUACAUAGUUAUUAUUUGUAAAUCAAUUUAACCGCGUACCUCAUCUUGGGACGCUUAUUGUACCUAUUACGAUUACUAUAUUAUUAUACGUCAUGUAGUUUGUAGAUUUGUACAUAGUUUUACAUUAAUUUUAGAACGUUUAAACGGUGCAAUUAACAUUAUUCAUGUAUAAAUAUAUAAUUAUAAACAAAUAUUUACGAACGACAUAUUUACGUACACGUAGAGCAGCAGUAGAUUUAUCAUUAUUAUUAUUAUUAUUAUUAUUAUUAUUAUUUAUUGUGUUGUAAUAUUAUUUACGAGAAGAAAUCUGUCGGAAAAAAUGUAAUGUAUUUUUUUUUUUUUUUUUUAAACGCGAGUAAUGUAAUAAUCAGAUUUAUUGUACAUAAUAAGACUCCAUUUGAUUAUUACACAUUAUUUAUACGUAGUUUCAUUUAUUUGUGCUAUUUCUUGAUGAUUUUGUGCGAAGCGUAGUAAUAUUGUAUUGAUACUCUGCGACCUCUGCAACGGAGCUGUUUAUUAAACAAAAUCGAAAUAUAUAUUAUUAUUAAUUGUUUGUUAA